AUGAUAAUACGGCUACAAUUUUAUUUAUAUUUGUUUUUUUCAAAUGUUUGCAAUUGGAUGAAUUCCGUCGAGAUUCGUUCAUCUCCAAUUGUGUCUAGUCAGUCGAGUUUAAUUCUGUACUUUUGAUCGAACAUUAUGGAGUACUGCCAUCCGUCGUCGUCGCCGUUAUUUUAAUAGUCUUUGCAACGCAACAGUCGCCGCUAUCGCUUUCGUUGUGAAGUGUUUCCAGAGAUCGUCGUCCAACCCACUAACCUACUCAUUCGUUAUCAUUGGUAACGUACAGCAUAUAAGGUUUUUCUGACAUGUAAGAUCAUCACAGACUUUAUCUCAGCUAGUUCGUGUCGUAUGAUGAUGGACCUGCACGUUGAAGUACUGUCUUCUACGUGUGUCGUAUUUAUUUUCACUUGCUAGUCCACUUUAUUACAUAAAAUAUAGUGCAUCACUCACUGUAACUCGAUUCAUCACCAUGGCCUUAGACAACCUGAUCGAUUCAGUGUAUUUGUAUGUGCCAAGACGCAUUGCGUUUCAUGGUGCUAUUUUUCCAUUUGUCAUCCUUUAUUUGUCAUGGUCAUACUUUUGUUUCUACACCGCUGAUCUAGUCGACUUUUAUUUCCCUGGUAUAUUAGCCAUUGCUAUCGCUCAAGCCCUGUGUUCUCUCUGUUGUUACUGGUCCGUUUCAUUUAGAUGCUUGUUAUCAUGCCGACAAGUAUUUUCUGCACAGUCAGCUGUCUUGGUUAAAGUAAUCCCAACACCAAAUAAUGGAUUUACAGAAUUAGUAUUAUUGAACUCAUUCAAAGACCAAGAUCUGCAGACCAUAAUAUGGUUUAGAUACCAAGAAAUCAAGUACAUAUGGAAUGAUAAUAAGAAAUGUUUUCAUUCUUUAGAUUUUCCAAUAUCUUGUUCAGUUGAACAUUAUGUAAAUUGUAAAGGCUUUAAUAGUGAUGAUCAAUUAGCAAGAGCAGUACAACUAUAUGGUCGAAAUCAACUGAAUAUACAAUUACCAAAGUUUAAUGAUUUAUUUAUUGAAAGGGCAACAGCUCCAUUCUUUGUAUUCCAAGUAUUUUGUAUUGCGCUGUGGUGCUUUGAUAAAUAUUGGUACUAUUCUUUGUUCACUUUAGCUAUGUUAAUAUUAUUUGAAUGUACUUUAGUGAAACAACAAUUACGCAAUAUGGAAGAAAUCCGCAAUAUGGGCAAUCAACCCAUUAAUUUAUUUGUCUACCGUAAUAAAAAAUGGCAUCCUAUAUUAAGUGAUGAACUUACUCCUGGUGAUAUAGUUUCUAUUACUCGAGCUAAUAAUGACCAAAAUGUUCCCUGUGAUUUAUUAUUAUUAAGAGGUUCUUGUAUUGUUGAUGAAAGUUUAUUGACUGGCGAAUCCAUUCCACAAAUGAAAGAACCUAUUGAAAAUAUUACUGAUCUUCAGAGAAAUUUAGAUUUUGAAACUGAUAAAAAAUUGCACAUCUUAUUUAGUGGCACUAAAGUAGUACAACAUACUUCUCCUGUAAAAGUUACGUCUAAUGUACGUGCCUCUCCUGAUAAUGGAUGUAUUGCUUAUGUGUUACGAACUGGUUUUAAUACAUCACAAGGUAAUCUAUUGCAAACAAUAUUGUUUGGUGUCAAACAUGUAACUGCAAAUAAUAUGGAAACAUUAGCAUUUAUUUUAUUUUUGUUAAUUUUUGCUGUUGCUGCAGCUUCCUAUUUAUGGAUUAAAGGAACUGAAGAUCCAAAUCGAAGCCGUUAUAAAUUAUUCCUUGAAUGUACACUUAUACUUACUUCUGUUAUACCUCCAGAAUUGCCAGUUGAGUUGUCUUUAGCUGUUAAUUCAUCAAUUUUAUCACUAUCCAAACUUGGAAUAUAUUGUACUGAACCAUUUAGAAUUCCAUUUGCUGGUAAAGUAGAAAUAUGUUGUUUUGACAAAACUGGUACUUUAACAAAAGACGCUUUAAUUGUUGAAGGUAUUGCUGGUAUUAAAAAAGAUAUGAUGCCUAUGAACGAAGCACCUGAAAAUACUAUUCAAGUUCUAGCAUCUUGUCAUUCAUUAGUUCAGCUAGAAGACACAGUGGUCGGUGAUCCUAUUGAAAAAGCCUCUCUGAAUGCAAUAAAUUGGGUUUUGUCAAAAAAUGACUUUAUUGCUCCAAAAAAAUCAAAGAUACCUCCUCUGAAAAUAUUGAAUAGAUUUUAUUUUUCUUCAUCUUUAAAAAGAAUGUCAGUUUUAGCUGCCUACAAGUGUCCAAAGAUAACAAAUAAAAUUAUACAUAUAGCAAGUGUCAAAGGUGCUCCUGAAGUAAUCAAAUCAAUGUUACAAACUAUCCCUGAAAAUUAUGAUAGUACUUAUUUGGAAUUGGCUGGUCGAGGAGCUAGAGUUUUAGCACUUGCUAGAAAAGAAAUGACAAUCAUUGAUACAAAUAAUUUGAAAAACUUAAAAAGAGAAGAAUUGGAAUGUGAUUUACAUUUUGCAGGGUUUGUAGUAGUUUCAUGUCCAUUGAAACAAGAUUCAGAAGCUGUUAUUAAGGAAUUGAUAGCUUCAUCUCAUUUGGUUACCAUGAUAACUGGAGAUAAUGCAUUAACUGCAUGUUAUGUAGCUAAUGAGUUAAAUUUCACAAGAUCUUCAAGUCACAUAAUUUUGACACUAUCAGAAAUUGAUAGUAUAUGGUAUUGGAUAAGUGAUAGCUACAAAAUUCAAGUUCCUUUGCAUGGAAAUAUUACAGAAUUAGUUGAAUCAUAUGAUUUAUGUUUAACAGGAGAGGGAUUAGCUUAUCUUAAUCAAAAUCAUAUAAAUAUCCUGAAAAAAAUUAUACCACAUGUCUGUGUGUUUGCAAGAGUUGCUCCUAAAGAAAAAGAAUUUAUUGUGGUUAUGUUGAAAGAAUUGGGAUAUUCUACUUUAAUGUGUGGAGAUGGUACUAAUGAUGUUGGUGCUCUAAAACAUGCACAUGUUGGUAUUGCUAUACUUGCGAGAGGUAAAGAAAAAUCAAGAGUUAAAAAAGAUAUGUUUGCUAAUAAAUCAAAAAAACCUGGUGAAAAUGUUAGUAAUCAAAUGAAAAGAUUAAUGAAAGAAAUAGAUGAAGAGUCUCUAACUGUGGUAAAAUCAGGAGAUGCUAGUAUUGCUGCUCCUUUUACAAGUAGAUAUUCCUCUGUGACAUGUGUAUGUCAUGUAAUUAAACAAGGUCGUUGUACACUAGUUACUACUCUUCAGAUGUUCAAAAUAUUAGCACUGAAUGCUCUUAUUGCUGCUUAUAGUCAGUCUGUACUUUAUGUCAAAGGUAUAAAAUUUAGCGAUUCUCAAGCUACAUUACAAGGGUUAUUAUUAGCUGCUUCAUUUUUAUUUAUUUCAAGAUCAAAACCUUUAAAGGUUUUAUCCAAACAAAGACCACUGCCAAACAUAUUCAAUAUAUACACAAUUUCAACUGUAUUAUUACAAUUUAUUAUUCAUUUUUGCAGUUUAGUAUACUUAGUCCAAAAAGCUGGUGAUUAUAUUGAAGACGAUAUUAUAAAUACUAUAUCUUCAGAUAAUAGUUUGUCUAAUGUAAAUGUCACUAAUAUAAAUUCUACAGAUUCAGAUGAAGAAUUUAAACCAAAUGUUGUUAACAGUGCAGUCUUUAUCAUUUCUAUGACACUGCAAAUUUGUACUUUUUCAGUAAAUUAUCGAGGAAGACCAUUCAUGGAAAAUUUAGUAGAAAAUAAGCCACUACUGUACAGUACAUUUGGAACAAUUAUGGUCAUAUUUUGUUUAAGUAUGGGUACAGUAGAAGAACUCAAUGAGCAUUUUGAAAUAGUACAAUUUACUGAUGAAUUUCGCGUUAUUUUGGUUGCUGUGCUUGUAUUAGAUGGUUUUGGUUCAUAUGUAAUGGACCGAAGUUGUUUAUGGCUUUUUGGGGAAGGAAAAUUUAAAAAAAUACCUGUGUAAAGUUGUAUUCUAUUAAAUAUUAAAUAAUUAAUCUACUCAUAAAUAAUA